UGACCUAAACUGGAAACGUUCUUCAUGCCUCUUAAUAAAUUGAGCACGAAAAAACGUAAAUAGUAAGUUUGACUCGUAGUAAUAAGGUAGACAAAAAUUGAGCCUUUAAUUGAGGUCAUCACAUUCACUUCUUUUGGUCCAUUUGGAAUUUGCAACUGAAUGGUAUCCCUGUUGAGCCUGCAGACGCCCCAACAUUGUCAUCAAGCUUUGGUCAUAAAAAGACGCUUGAAACUCCCAAGAAUUUCAGUUGGAACUUGGUCUGUAUAAUAAGCUCCAAAGUCUUUCUCUAUUUCUUUUUCAUUUUUUUCUUUUCCAGGAUGGCCGUCCAAAAGUCCUGAGUUUUUGUUUUCUUUUCAUUCCUAUAAACCUCUCUAAACCUCCCCUUUAAAUCCCAUACAUCCUUCCGCACAUACCCAAUUCAGCAAUCCCUCUCUCUCAAACAAUGGACAAAUUAGCUCCCUUGAUCCCAGAAAGCCCAAAACUUGAGCAAUACAACCAAAAUCACCAUAAAACCCACCUCUCUCUGGCUCUCAUCGAAGCCAAAUGCAUAGCCAACAUAGCUUUCCCAAUGGUAUUGACAGGUCUAUUACUCUACUCUCGCUCAAUGAUCUCCAUGCUCUUCCUAGGCCGCCUCGGCGAGCUUUCAUUGGCGGGUGGCUCGCUUGCUAUAGGCUUUGCCAACAUCACAGGCUUUUCUGUUCUCUCUGGCCUUGCCAUGGGGAUGGAACCCAUUUGCGGCCAAGCUUACGGGGCCAAAAGAUUCAAACUUUUAGGCCAAACCCUGCAGAGAACAGUCAUUCUUCUUUUCUUAACUUCAAUCCCAAUUGCGUUUCUGUGGUUAAACAUGAAAAGAAUUUUGCUUUCUUGUGGCCAACAAGAUGAGAUUGCAACUGAGGCUUAUUCUUACAUUCUGUACUCUCUUCCUGACCUCAUUGCUCAAAGCCUUUUGCACCCCUUGCGAAUUUAUCUCCGAACUCAAUCCAUAACCGUGCCUCUCACAUUCUGUGCAGCUUUGGCUAUUCUUCUUCACAUUCCCGUCAAUUACCUUCUUGUUCAUGUUCUCAAUCUCGGGAUCAAAGGCGUGGCGCUAAGCGGGGUUUGGACUAAUGUCAACCUCGUAGGGUCAUUGAUUGCUUACAUUGCAAUCUCGGGUGUGUACAAGAAAACUUGGGGUGGUUUUUCCAAAGAGUGCUUCAAAGGGUGGAAGAAUCUAAUGAAUUUGGCCAUUCCAAGUUGUAUCUCGGUUUGUUUAGAAUGGUGGUGGUAUGAGAUCAUGAUUUUGCUAUGUGGUUUGUUGCUUAACCCUCAAGCAACAGUUGCUUCAAUGGGAAUUCUGAUCCAAACCACAGCUUUGAUAUACAUUUUCCCAUCUUCUUUAAGCUUUGGUGUGUCAACAAGGGUGGGAAAUGAGCUUGGUGCUAACCGCCCAGAAAGAGCAAGACUUGCAACAAUCGUAGGCCUAUCUUAUAGCUUCAUAUUGGGAUUUUCAGCAUUGUUGUUUGCCGUGACUGUGAGGAACAUUUGGGCCAGCAUGUUCACCCAAGAGUCGGAGAUCAUUGCAUUGACAUCAAUGGUGUUGCCAAUUAUCGGCCUAUGCGAGCUCGGAAACUGCCCACAAACAACAGGUUGUGGUGUUUUGAGGGGAACUGCUAGGCCUACAUUGGGAGCAAACAUAAACUUAGGUUGCUUUUAUCUUGUGGGAAUGCCUGUUGCUGUGUGGUUGAGUUUUUAUGCAGGGUUUGAUUUUAGAGGACUUUGGCUUGGUCUUCUGGCAGCCCAAGGCUCAUGUGUUUUGACCAUGUUAAUUGUUUUGCUUAGAACCAAUUGGGAUCUUCAAGGCCAGAGAGCCAAGGAGCUCACAGGAACUUUCACCAUUGAUGGCGAUGAUGAUUUUCAAGAUAUUGAUGAAGCUAGUGAGUCUUUGAGUCCAUCACCAAACACACAAGAAUGCAACAAAUUAUCACUGGUAUGACUGUAAUCAUUGACCGAUUGUUGAUGUGAGUUUUCUGUUGAGAAACAUAGUAGUAUCUGCUUUGGGAGUUUUGAGGCAAUUUUGUUUCUUUCUUCAAAAAGAAAACCAAUUCUAUAGUAAAUGACAUUGAGAAUUUUUUAUGAAGGGAUAUUUUGUAGAACCAAUGUUUCUUCUUUUGACAGAUUCGGAAGUA